UGAAUGAAGGAGCAAAUCAGGUGAAUCAAGAGGCAGGAAGUUUUGUGACGGUCCAAUCUGUGAACAUCAUGACAGCCAUCAUGUUACUGAGUCUCCUCUUUAUUCCAAGAGCUUUGGCUGCUUGUCCUCCAUAUGCAUACUUGUUCAUUACUGCACCAACAGAGAUGGAAGCUCUGAGUGGAUCUUGUUUACAAAUCCCAUGUAACUUUAAUGCUACUGGACCAGAACCAUUUGACAGCACAAGACCUGUCUUUGGAUCAUGGAUCAAAAAUGAUCCCAGUAUUAAAAAUGUGAUCUUCAACAGCAGUGAGACAGUUAACAUCUAUCCAAUGAAUAUUACAGGAAACCUGAAACAGAAAAACUGCACAACUCUGUUUUCAAAUUUAACCACAACUUAUACAAACACAUACUACUUCAGGAUUAUGAACUGGCCGUUCAGAGCAACUGCUGUUUGUGAUCCUCUUACAAUAACAGUUAAAGAUUCUCCUUGGAGGCCCAAGAUUACAGUCUCAGGUGAUCUGAAGGAGAAGGAGUCUGUCACUAUAACCUGCUCAGCUUUCACUCCCUGUCCACACUCCCCUCCUGAACUCACCUGGAAUCUCCAACAAGACUCUCACAACAAAAUAGAGGAAAACACAGAUGGAAGCUUUACAACUAAAAUCCAGCAGACCAUCACUCUGUCAGACACACAUGAUGGAAAGAAGAUCAGCUGCUCUGCCAGAUAUCCUGUGAACCAAGGAGAAGACACCAAGACAGCAGAGACAGUAGAGACUCUCAGUGUUUCAUAUGCUCCUAAAAACACCUCAGCAUCCAUCAGUCCAUCAGGUUUGGUGUCAGCAGGCAGCUGGGUGAACCUGACCUGCUCCAGCAGAGCCAAACCUCCAGUCAGCAGCUUCACCUGGUUCAAGAAGAGCACAGAUGGACCUGUGAACGUAUCUGAAGGACAGAUUUACAGCUUCAAUGUAACAGAUGGAGGAAUUUAUUACUGUGUGGCCACUAAUGAUCUGGGUAAUCAGACAUCAGCAGAGAUUCAUGUGAAUAUUAAAGAUGCUCCUAAAAACACCUCAGCAUCCAUCAGUCCAUCAGGUUUGGUGUCAGCAGGCAGCUGGGUGAACCUGACCUGCUCCAGCAGAGCCAAACCUCCAGUCAGCAGCUUCACCUGGUUCAAGAAGAGCACAGACGGACCUGUGAGAGUAUCUGAAGGACAGAUUUACAGCUUCAGUGUAACAGAUGGAGGAGUUUAUUACUGUGUGGCCACUAAUGAGCUGGGUAAUCAGACAUCAGCAGAGAUUCAUGUGAAUAUUGAAGGACAGAAUAGUGACUCCUUCCUACUGUGGUCAGUUCUUGGAGGAAUCACUGGGUUCAUCUUAUUGAUCUGUUUUAUUAUCUUUGUUUGGAGGUUAAAGUCAAAGCAUCAAACUCAACAACAGACUCAGAUUCAAACCAAAGAGGUGGUUGCUGAAGAACCAGCAAGUAAAAUAGAGGCAAAGGAAAUAGAGGGAGAAAACAUCCAUUAUGGAGAGAUCAGCUUCUGUAACCUGAGAUAUGAAGCGUCCUCUGACUCAGUGCAGGACAGAGGACAGCAGCAGGAUACGGUGUACGCACAGGUGAAUAUCAACAGGCCAGAAAACAGCUUAACACAGAGAGCUCACGGCCAAGAGGAACUCUAUGCUGAGGUCAAGAAAAAAUGAAAACUGUUUGGCGUCAUUGUGCAGAAAUGACCAAAAUAUUCAUGAUAAACUGUUAACACUCUGUGAACAAAGAAAUAUAAAUGUGGAGCUUGUAUAGAAAAAUGUCUCAUUUUUACCUCCAACAGUUCAAUGAAGUAAAACAAACUACUCUGUGAAGCCUUUUUAAUGUUCAGCUUCCUGUGCUAACUUCCAGCAGCUGUUUUCAGGUCAUUUCUUAUUAAAUGUGUGAACAGAAGUUGCAGCACUUCAAUAAGGAGCCAGUUUGCAUGACAGUGGAGGCAUUUCUUAAGAGGAGAACCUCAGAACCUCCACAUAUAGUAUCAUUUUGUAGUAGGACUUCAUAUUACGGCCCAUACCUUAUUACCCAAGUUCCCAACAUUUACUGUGUAACCUUUAUGAAUUUUGGGCAUAAUUUUUAAUAUUUAGAAGAACUUUCCAGUAGGUGCAGAAGAACAAGGAAGUACUAACUGGAGGCUUUAAAAGAAUUUAAAAAACACUAUAUUUAUACUAUUUUUAACCAUUUUUGGGGUAUUUUAGUGGAAUGGACAAGUUUCCGAUUUUUUAAUUGUAAUUGCGCAGUAUUAUCAGGGGUGUAGACUUUAAUCUGCUUCAGCUGUGUUUACAGGUGAAGAUGGUUUCUGAAGUGAGGAUCUUUGGAGCACCAGAGUCAUUCAAAAUCUUCCCACCUUUAAUUGAAUAAUAGUUCUCAUGAAUUAUUAUUCAACACUUGCAUAUUCUUGCUUUUGUUAAUGGAUGAAAUAGCUUUAUUAAAAUAAAAGAUCACAAAAUUCAGGCACUAUGUAUUUGCAUGCAUUUUGUAUUGCUUCCAAAUAAAUAUUUUCAACUUGCUGUCACUGAAAAUGAUUCCUGUUCUAAAGAAAAAGACCUGCUCCUGCUGGAGGUAUUACUCACUGUGUAAUGUUGUUUAGAGAAACUGCUUCAAUAAAGUUGUAACUGAUUUAUAUCUGAAGUAUCUAUUGAUUUAUAAAUAUCAUACCUU